UCUUGGAUAUCAUUGUCGCAAUGGCCCGUCCUCGCGUACGAAGAAGCACUAAGAACCCUUCUGUCAAGGUCUCGCGAAAGCAAAAGAACCCGUACAACAUAUCCUUUGCUGGUGCACACCCGCUUGUUCGCAAAAAUUGGGACAAGAACCUUACCCUAAAACAGAACUAUGAGCGAAUGGGUCUGAUUUCGGCACUUAACGGGGCAGCUGGUGGAACUGAACACGAAGCCGAAGCAAGAGCCCGGGAGGAACGGGAGCUGCAGAAGGCAAAGGAAGAGGUGGAGUGGAGGCGAAUAGAUGACGUGCCAGCGAAACCCGUUGAACAGGAUUCAGCACAAGAAGAAAACUUUGACGUUGAAGUGAAUGGCCCGGUGGAGGUUGACCCGCGUGUAAGGCAGCUUGGGUCAAAACCUGGCUUGAAGCGACGCGCUGCUCCAACAAGGGGAGAAGCAUCAGCGAAAAGUGCAGUAGUGGAGGCGAUGGAGGCGGAGGCUCGGGAUAUCGUGAAACUGGAGCGACACGCAUCUGAGCAAGAAGGCAAGGUGUUUGGGGACUUGAUGCGGAAGCACGGACGAGAUUAUGAAGCCAUGAGUAGGGAUAUCAAGUUGAACCGAUAUCAACUCUCAGCGGGACAGCUGAGAAAACGAAUUGAAAGAUUGAUCAAUAAGGGCUCAAAGGGGCCAUCAUCAGAGGCAUAGAGGCGUCCGCAUUUCGUAUAUAGUUUUUUGCCAUUUUGAUUUAUGUAAUAUAUAUACAGUCUUUGAACACGUAUUGUAGAAUGUAUCAAUCAGCUGAACGCCGUUUAUAUGGCAAGAACCGUC